AUGGAGAAGAUUACAAGAGAGGUUGUAGCGGGAAGUGGGGAUGAGGAACUUAAUGAGAAUGACACCAGUAAAGGAGAUGAUGAGAAGGAUGAGGAUGAAGAAGAACAUGACCUUCAUGACAAGGAAGGCGGUCAUGAUUACAUGGUUGAGGAGGUGGAAGAUGAGGGUGAUUGUGAUGGUCGUGGAGGUGAUGACGAUGACGAUGAGGACGAGGAUGACCAUGAUGACAAGGAAGGAGGUCAUGACUAUGUGGUUGAAGAGGCGGAAGAUGACGAUAAGGAGGUUGAGGAUUCAUAUGAUGAGGGUGAGGAAGGCACACAUGCAAAGACUGCAACCCCUACCAAUAUUCCUUUGUUGUUGGACUAUGAAUGGGAGAGCAAUGACAGUGGGGAGGAAGCAGGACUUGAAAAAUCUACUGAACUGAGGAGGUCAACAAGGGUAAAGAGUUUCACAAUUAAAUCUCCAUGGAUGGAGUUCAAGGUGCUUAAUUUGGCGUGCAAGGCAAUGAUAGAGGACAUGAAGGUAGAGUUGGGGCCAGGGAAGAGGCACAUCUUCAAUGUGGAUUUCAUGGUAAGUCUUGCUCUUGUUGGCCAACACUGGUUUUGCGUUGCCAUUCAACCUAGCACAUUGGAUUUCCACGUAUUAGACUCCAUCAGUGACCAUUUUGAAGCUAAGGACAUGAAAAAGAAGAAGAAGGUUGUCAUUAAGGACCCAGUAGAAAUAGCUGUGGAUGAAUGUGAGGGAUUGUGGGUUGCAUUGCAUGAUGUGACUGAGAAGAUGGGAACCUGGUGUGACCCUUAA